AUUAAAAUAAAAUAUAACAUUACGAAUUCUUCAUAAAUGUUUAUUACAGUUUAAUCAUACAUAGAGUUUCAUCGUGUUCGUGAGUAAUGAAAUGCUUGAUUGGCCUUCGAUUAAUAUGCAUGUACAGGGUGGUCCAGGUGGUAAAAUUAAAAAAUCCAAAUUUUUCGGCUCCUAGGCAGAAUUUUUUAAUUUCGGGGAGAGCUCAAAUGAAAGUUUAGAACGUAAGGAAUUAAUCAAGAUUGGUUCUAUUUAAAUAUUCUCCCUGGUUUCUUAGUCGUAAGGUACGAUCGUGGAAUCUGAAGCAGAGGAACUAGGAAGGCCAAGCAGAAGAUCUAUAAAAAUGAAACAUACAAAAAUGCAUAUAGAAGAAGAAGAAUUUGAAGAUGAUGAGCUUACUGAUGCAAAAAGUGGAGCUGGUGGAAAUCCCGGGUGGGCAGAUGCUAUGCAAAAAAUUCUACAGACAAAAAAGCCAAAACGUAGAAAGACAAUAGUUUUAUCAAAAGCAAAAAGGUUAUACGAUGUGAAAGAUGAAAAAGAUAAAGAAAAGUUGUCGUUUGAAAUUGAGAAAGAGAAUGGGGAAAUAAAAACAGAGGAAUUAGAAGAAGGAGACGCUAAUGUUAAGAAACCACAAAUAAAAGGAAGGAGUAAAGAAAAAAAUUUAGGUAUUAGAGUAAAACCAAGCAUAACGGACAGAGAGCGUGAAAGGACAUUACAAAAGAUCGCUACAAAAGGCGUAGUACAACUAUUCAAUGCAGUUAAACAACAGCAAGGAGAAAUUAACAGAAAAUUAUCAGAAGCUGGACCGUUACAAAGAAAACGCGAUGAAGUAUUGAAAAAUAUUGAUAAGACUGCAUUCUUGGAUGUUCUUAUGGGAGGAAGUAAAAGUAUACCAGUAGAUAAUGAUGUAAAAAAUGAAACACAAGAAAAUGGAAAGCAUAAAAAGAAGAAGGAAAAGGAAAUUUGGAAUGUGCUGAGAGAAGAUUUUGUAAUGGGAACGAAAUUGAAGGAUUGGGAUCGGAAAGAUGUAGAUGAAGAUUCUUCGGCUCCUGAAGACGUAGAUAGUGACAAUUAAAUUGUAAAAAAAUAUGAAAUACCGAUGCACAUGUGUGAAAUUAAUUUAAAGGUAUGCUACUAUCACUCGUCGAUUCAUGGUGACGAUUAAAGAAUAUCUUUUAAUUAAAUUAUUACGAGUAAAAUUUUACUUUUAUUUUAACCUUUUUGGUUUCCUAUUCUUUUUUUAUUAUCUAUAUAUUUAGAAAAAAAUAUAGAUAAAAACAAAGUUUCAAUUUUUUAUUAAAUACUUUAUUUCAUUAGUAGCUUUAAUUUGAUAUCUUUUUUAUCUAUGCAACAACGGUAAUAAUGUGUUCAGUGUGUAAUUUUCAUGUAACUUAGCGUAUAUUUAUAACGCAUAUAUGACUCUAUGUAAAAUUAAUUUUCAUUGUAUCCUGUUUAUGUCAUAUAAAUACGACAUGUAUGUGAAUAUGCGUGCGUGGACAAUAGUGCCACGUAGUAUAUUUUUGUAAAAUAACAGUGUGCAUCUUACGCA